AUGGCGACCGACGACAAAGGGCUCGACACCAACGUCUACGCCGAGGGCGUCGACGAGAAGAAUGGCAAUGCCGGCGAUCGCCUCGACAUGUACCGCAUGGGCAAAGCUCAAGAAAUGAGAAGAAACUUUCGCUUCUUGUCCAUCCUGGGCUUUUCCAUGAUUCUCAUGGCUUCGUGGGAAUUCAGCUUGAGUGUGGCUACUAUUGGUCUUGUCAACGGUGGCACUGCUGGUCUGAUUUGGAUGUUCUUCGUCUGCUGGAUGGGCUUCUUUGUGGUCAACACCUCCAUGGCCGAGAUGGCUUCCAUGGCACCGACAUCCGGCGGUCAAUACCACUGGGUCUCCGAGUUCGCACCGCCCAAGCACCAGAAGCUCUUCAGCUACCUCAUCGGCUGGAUGUGCGUCCUGGGCUGGCAGACGUCGUGCGCCUCGUCGGCCUUCAUCGCCGGCACCCAGAUCCAGGGCCUCAUCGUCCUCAACUACCCCGGCUACCAGCCGCAGGCCUGGCACGGCACGCUGCUGGCCAUUGCCGUCGCCGCCUUCUCCGUGCUCUUCAACACACUGUUGGCGCGCAAGCUGCCGCUCAUCGAGGCCCUGGUCCUCGUCAUCCACGUCUUUGGCUUCUUCGGCAUCCUCGUCACCCUCUGGGUCCUCUCGCCGCGCGGCGACGCCAAGACCGUCUUCACCGAGUUCAACGACGGCGGCGAAUGGGGCAGCUUCGGCGGCUCGGCCCUCGUCGGCAUCCUGGCGGGCAUCCUGCCGCUCCUCGGCGCCGACGCCGCCGUGCACAUGUCCGAGGAGCUGCGCGACGCCAGCCGCACGCUCCCGCGCUCCAUGAUCAUGACUACCAUCUUCAACGGCGCGUUUGGCUGGAUCAUGGUCAUUACGCUGUGCUUCUGCAUCGGCGGCGACCUCGAGAGCGUCACCAACUCGCCCACCGGCUUUCCCUUCAUGGCCGUCUUUCUGAACUCGACUGGGUCCGCCAAGAGUGCCACCGCCAUGUCUGUGUUUAUUGUCGCCAUGACAAUCUUUUCCAACCUAACCAUGGUGGCCACCGCCUCGCGCCAGCUCUUUGCCUUUGCACGCGAUCGCGCUGUUCCCCUCAGCCCAUGGUUCGCCAACGUGCCUGCCGGCUGGGACGUGCCUAUCAACUCCAUCUUGACUACCUUCCUCAUCACCAGUCUGCUGUCGCUCAUCAACAUUGGCUCCACCGCCGCGCUCAACUCUAUCACUUCUCUGGCGACAACCUCAAUCCUGUCCAGCUACAUUGUGUCCAUUGGAUGCAUGAUCUGGCGUCGCUGGACCAACAGCCCUCUCCUUAGCUCCAAGUUUAGCCUUGGUCGCUGGGGUCUCGCUGUCAACAUUGCCUCUGAGGCCUUCCUCGUUGUCAUUUUUAUCCUGGCCUUUAUGCCACCAAACCCCAACCCAUCCGCCGAGGAAAUGAACUGGAAUAUUGUCAUCUAUGGUGGCAUCGCAAUCUUUUCCGUCAUCUACUACCUGUUUCGUGGAAGACACCAGUACGAGGGUCCAGUUGUUUACGUCAGGGCUCUUCAGCCAGAGACAGCGGCGCCUUGA